AUGCAAGCCCAUGUCGGCAAUGCCACAGGGCGGGCAGCCACAAUUUGCCGGCGUAAAACAAAGGGAAUUCCAGCACUUCACUGGACAACUGUGCAUUCAGCAUUUGGUAACCGAGAUCGAAGUGGAAAAAAGUCAUUUUCGACAGCGUCGCGGUCAGCUACCGCAAGCUCUUACUGCGGCGGAGCCUCCCGCGUGAAGUUCCUCUCCAAAGGCCUUUUCGAUCCGACAUUUAAAAAAGACCAGCUGGAAGCAGAUGAAAGAAGAAGAGAUUUACAACAAAGAAAAGAGUUACGAGAGCACAAAGAGCUGCCUGUUGCACUACGAGAGGCCGAGUCACGAACUAUUCUGUCAUCGCAUUCGCGCAAUUCGGCAGGCGCACAAGACUUCCAAAAGUUAAAUCAAACACAGUUCUCAUUACAAGGGCGCGUUUGGAAGCGGGAAGCGUCUCUAGCCGAGUUAUUACUUUCAGGACCAACGUUCCGUGAGGCUAUAACGCAUGAGGAAAAAUGCCAAGAAACUGGUCUUCCAUUAAAAGAGAGCUGUACGCAUUCUACUUCUGAGGUUCCCUUGUCAAAAAACUACCUGCAGUUGCAAACUCUUGAUAUUGCAGCACGGUCCCAACUUGCUAAGCAUAUGGAUAUAUGCAGAAAAGAAAAAAGACAAAAAGUUCAGCCAACAAAUCUUCGAAAGCUGCAGGAUCAAGAAUUUGUCAUGCAGACAAAAGAGCAAGCAUGUGCAGAAGAAAAGGAGGCAGAGCCAGGAACACAAGCUUCAAACAGCAUCGAUUCAGAACAUUUAAAUUCUCCAGAUAUCCAGCAGAUGGCUGUACAUACGAAGCAGGCCGGUCCUUUGAGAACGCCGGUGCUGCACCUGUGGCUCGCCGGUGACGAAGCUCCUAGUCAUUCUGCCAAAAGCAAUUUAAAUCUUACAGAAACUCUGUCCCGACAGAAUGUUGUUAGUGUGAGAACGCAGCAGGAUUUUCUCGAGGGUCCACUGAAGCUUUCGUUAGGCCAAGCUGCUCGAAUCCAUGAAGAGAAAAAUCUCAAACGGCUUAAGAGUCGGAGCCAAAGUGCUAUUAAAGCUACGAUCCAAGACAUUGAUUUUCUAAAACAGAAAGUUGUUGCAGGUGCAUCGCCAAUAAAGGUGAACACUCUUCUGCCGAUGACUGAGACUGGCCCUGCAGAAAAGCAGCUAUGGCUAGAAGGUGUUCUUGUUGAGCUUGCGGAGACCUUGAGAAACGGUCCACCUGACGACACAGCAAAGGGGAUAGAAUGUUUGCUGACAUUCCUUCAGCAGCAUCACGGAACUGCUCUACACGAGGUUACAGUGCUUCAGCUACUUAAACAUGUACGACAGAGGCUGCGGCAAAAAGACAUAAAUGGAUAUGCGAACAUCUCAAGAGGAGCAUCGGCCUCUAGUGUGCAAUCCAGUCAGUCCUUGAAACAGCAUGCAGGAACACGACAAGAAAACUCGCGCCCUUCCACGCCGCUUUGUGGUGAAGCAACUUCGCAUCACCAGAAAACUGAGUCCUGCUAUGUUUCUGAUAAAUCACUCAGGAGAAUCCAGCAACUCUCUUCAGGUACUGUUGUUGCGAGGGAUUUAACCAAUGCUAGUGCAAUGAAGGGCCUUCACGAGCAUUUGCAUAUGCAACAAGCUGAGCACUCUGUAAAGUAUGAUGAAAAGGAGCUGAAGGCACCUAGAGGACACGGCGCCAGCCCGAUAUGCCAGGAAAGCCAGACAACAACAGCCGCAGCAUGCCAAUACCAGCUGGGAAGCCUAGAAAGUCAAACGUUUUCUACCGCUCAUGCUGUAAACUGGGUUGAAAUGUGCAAUCAGUGUUUUCAUUUCGAAGAAGCACAGUCGCAACAGGCCGACAGUUGCGUUUCUCAACAAAGACGACAUGGCGCACGAAUAGAAAAUAGCAGUCAGUCAUCUUGUAAAAUUCUGGGUUGCUUCAUGCGUUUACAAGAAGCUGAGUGCCGGGCUGCAGUAACGCUGCAGAGUAUCCUAGAUCAAUUUUCUCUGGAUGGAGCUCAGCAGAACUCAUCAUUGCACGAAAACAAAAAAUGCAAGGAGAAGCUACAGUGUAGCGGUGGACCACAUGUUCUGCGGGCCAAAGCUCUGCAAAUAUAUCCAAAGGUCAACCAAAUACCCCGGCGCCUUAACGCCAAGAGAAAUGCAUCAGAAUCUCCCUACCAAAGUUCUAAAGCAGCCCUUAUCUCCGGAGCAGAAGAGAGAAUUUUGGAUUUUCAAAGAUCAAGGAGGGAUGAACAGUUGACGGACGAACCGUUACUGCAGCGAAAAGACAUUCAAAAGGCUUUAAUACGACUAAAAAAAGAUUGGGGAGCAUGUGAAUAUGUUGAAGACGAAAUAAUAGGCAUCUGGAUGCUGCAUGAUACUAUUGUACAGCAAGUUCUAGAGCGUGAAGUGAAGCAGUUGAUGAUCUGCACUGAGCACGCAACGAGGGCAUUUGUUACUGGGCUGCUAGAGGCAGAGGCCGUUCGAUUAACAAUGCUUACACAGCCGAUGAUGGCCUCAUGCCUUUCCGUCAGUGCUUCCGCCGGCAUUCCGGAACAGGGCCUUGAGUAUAGGUUUUCAUCAGACUUGAGCAAAUGGGGCAAUGGAACAAUUCUCACAUGA